GCUCUACCAUGUGCACUACAAACACCACGACGAGCAGGUGGCCUCCCGUCGUCCAGACCACCGCCAUCGAUUGAUCGCUUGACCUCCCUCCUCCUCCUUCUCCCUCGGCGUCGCCGUCGCCAUCGCCCUCCCCUCCAAUCCCGCUGAUCUCCACCACUAUGGCUGCUUACACCACCGGCGCCAGCUGGUCUUUUCCGCAGGACUUGCCAGGCGCAUUUGAUGGACCUACUUGGGACGGAUCAGCAUCUCACAGCUCGACUCCACCGCACACUGAAGCAUACGCAGAAUCUGCACCGGAAUUCUCAGAAGAGCACCGACCGAAACGCCCGAGAAGACACUACCCGACACGAAAGUGCAGGAUAUGCCUCGAGGAUGUACAGCCAACCUUUCAUGCCGACUCAGAAUCUACUCUGCCUGCUGCAAUGCAGCCCUCGCCGCGCGUGACCUACGAGAGUGAAGAUGGUGGUCGUCUACUGUCACCGUGCAAAUGCAAAGGCUCGCAAAAAUAUGUCCAUGAAGAGUGCCUCAGCGCGUGGCGACGAGCGGAUCCUACGCAGAAACGGAACUACUGGGAGUGCCCUACCUGCCGAUACAGAUACAAACUGCAGCGUCUCACAUGGUCAUCUUGGAUUUCCAGUACUGCCGCACAACUCGCUCUCACCCUACUCAUCAUCAUAUCCUCGGUAUUCCUAUUGGGUUUUGUCGCUGAUCCGAUCAUUAACAUGUAUAUCGACCCGUAUACCACUAUUGCUACUGCUGGUGGGCCACGAGAUUCGCUCAUCUGGGAAGACGAACCCACCACGUGGUUCGAACACAUGUUAAAAGGCAUUGCUUCUUUGGGACUUGUCGGCUUUGCAAAGUUUUUAUUCACCCUAUCUCCCUUCCAGUGGUUCAAUCUCCGUUCCGUCGGUGGCAGAACCUCCAUGGGCGGCAAUGGGAGAGACCGGCUACAGCAGAUUAGCUGGAUCACUGUCAUGAUUGGCGUAGUCACAGCCUCGUACGCCAUAUGGAAGCUCGUUCGUGCGUGGUCCAGACGAACGCUCGAAUCGGCUGGAGAACGUGUGAUGGAUGUGCCUGGUAGUACAGAUGAGGAUGAGGACGAGGACGAUGAAGCUGACUGAUUAGCAAUCGCUCCUACAUAUGAGAUAUGCUGAUUCAAGUUGCACUUCUCACAUCUCUCUCCGCUUCACCCAGAUUGAUCAGAGUGAGUUUUUCUAUCUUUUAUUAUCAACGAACACAUCUUCCCCUUCUGCCCUUCUUUAAGUUGGCUUGUUCCCGGGCUCGUUCCCAACCUUCAUGGGCAUGACAAUUAGUCGAUGGGCACAGAUCGACUUGCUGGCAGGAACCUGCUUCUUCGGGCGUUAUGCUUGAGAGGUGUGAGGAAUGCAUUGGCUCUUACUCCAGACUGAGACUUUUCUUUUCAAUGUAAUCGUUGCGCAUGCGUGACCUUUACAUCCUGUCGCCAACUCCACUCUCGAAAGGGAAAUUUUUUCAUGGAGUUGAAGGCUGGUGUCUUGUUUGGUACAAUCACUUUUUCGACUCUGAGCUCAGCUUGGGAGAGAUUAUGUAGAAGGAAAAAAAAAGCAAAUCGCAUUUCAUGGGGUAUCUCAGUAUCAA